UCACAGCUGUAUUACCUCCGUGCUGCUGACGUAUAUGGUUAGGAACGUUGUAUAAGAAAAUACAAUAAAUUUCUCGACAUUGUCGCAGAAAUUUGAGGAUUUUGUAAUUUUAUCCACACAAGACAUUGUGAUAACUGAGGAUGUCGAAAGUAUUGGAUGAAGAAUUGAAGCAAGCCUUUUCAAAGUUGCACGAGAAGAUGGUAGAUACUAAGCAAAAAUUGAAGUUGGCUGAUAUACAAAUCGAGAAAUUGCGGCGUACGAAACAGCGGGCAGAACUCACUACGAAGGAAAUUAGUAGUUUACCCAAGGAUACAAGAAUGUAUGAGUCUGUCGGUCGAAUGUUCCUUCUAGAUAAUAUGAACAACAUUAAGGAGAAUUUGGAUAGUAGAAUAAAAACGUCUGAUGAGAAGAUCAAGACGCUAGAGAAUAAUAAAACGUAUCUACAACGGAGUUUCAAGGAGAGCGAAAAUGAAAUCAGAGAAAUGAUUCAGCAAAAGCAGAGAAAGGAGACUUCGGGUUAAAUGAGACUUGCGUAUCAAUGUAUGAAUGUGCUCAUAUUUUUUUCUCAUCAGUAUCUUUUGAAUCUUUCAGAUUAUUGUUUGGAAUAUGUAUCUAUUGAAUAUGUAAAUAUAUAUCAUAAAAAAUCUAUAAUCUGUCACAUUUUGCACGUUCAUAUAUUUUUUUAAUUGUGACUUUUUUUAUAUACUGUAUGUGGAAUAAAAUAUCGUCAAUGAACCAUUUGUAAGAGUUAAAUCAACUCGAUUGUUUUUACUUAUGAAAUUGUAAGAAAAAUAUACAAGAGAAAUAAUAUUGUA